AUGCCAAUGUUUCGUCGCAUGCGACCACGCACGGCCGGCGGCGAGGACCGCCUCAGUGCACUACCCGACGACCUCAUCCGCCUCAUAGUAGGCAGGCUGGACACCCGCACCGCACUCUCCACCGCCGUCCUGGCCAGGCGUUGGGUGCACAUCCCCCGCGAUCUGGCGGAGCUCGACUUUAGGGUGAGCGACGUACUCCCGCCCGAGUACGACCGGACCGUCGCCCUCCGCCGGCGCAACAUGCCGCGUGACACGUUUCUGGCCGAGAUGCUGGACUGUCUCAUGGCGCGCUGCGAAAUCGACACGAUCACGGCAUUCGUUGACGGCAUCACUGGAUUCUUGGAAGCGGACGGUGGCCCUGCUGACGGCGAUGCACGUCGGCGCGCCAAGACCCUGCGUCUGGAGUUCUUCCAGACACACGACGGCGGCUGCGUAGUCGACCGCCUGAUCGCCGCUGCAGUAGGCGCAUGGGGAGUGGAGGAUCUGGAGGUCGUUGCCAGGCAAGCGUCAUGCGAUGUCCUUCAGGCACCGCCCUACCGCUUUCCCCACGACCACGACUGCCUCAAGGACGGCCUUCGCAGCUUGACGCUGGGUAACUACUGCAUGCUCCCGCCGCUGCAUAGCUACGGCGCUCUCACCACGCUGGUCCUGCGAGACAUGGCUGCUUCCACGCCCCUCGGCGUGUACCAGAGGGUGUUCACUGAGUGCACACGGCUUCAGGUGCUUCGCCUGAUAUCCUGCUGCUGUGCACAUGACUGUGUGGUGGUGGACGCUCCGUGUUCAGAGAUCAGGGAGCUCAGCCUCGACCAGUGCAAGUUCAUGGAGAUCGAGCUGCGCCACCUUCCAAUGCUUGUCCGUCUGGCGUGCUGCCUAACCAACACUACAAAACUCGUAUUCGGCUCCGUCCCUAGCCUCAUGCACACUAACCUCACAUUUGCGGCAGAAAGCUUGAUUGUACGGAAGCGGUGCAUGGAUUACUUCGGCCAUUACAUCACCGGUAUGCCCCCUACCAUGACGAAUCUCGUCCUCCGCUUCACCGGGCUGAGAAGAUGGAUGUUGCCCGCUCCACCGGCCAAGCCAUUGCUCAAUCUCAAAAAGCUCCUUGUCGCCGAUCUGCCUGCGAACUGGGACAUCACAUGGCCACGCCGCCUCCUGUUGGCCGCACCAUCACUCGAGGUCCUGCACAUCCAUGUGCCUUGCUCGGAGGAGGAGCCAAAUUACGGGAGCAUGAGACUGAGCUCACUCGAGGCGCUUCAGCGCCAUCACCACCUCAAGGAGCUGGCCAUUACUGGAUUCUUGCAGCGCCACAUAUGGUUUUUGAAGUAUGUUGUGAACGUGUGCACAUCGUUGCAACGUGUUAUCCUACUCCAGGAUGAUGGUCAUGUUCGAUACAAUGGACUUUGGGAUUGGGAGAUGGUCGGGCAGCAAGCAUGUCCUUGGAGCAAUGAUGAUGAAAUGGUCGUGAGGAGAAUAAUCCAAUCUGGGUGCAAGCCUCUUGUUGAACUCAGCAUGGGAUGA